CGGCCGGCAUUACAUUCGUGGAAAUUCUCGUGUAAGAAGUGGACACGACACACACAGACGGUCGUUGUUGAGUCGGAACGAGUUGGGACGAGUUGGAACGAAAGGCAUCCAUCCAUCCAUUCAUUCAUCCAUCCCAUAUAAAGAUUGAUGAGAAAGACGAAAACGGUUCCGAAGAUUAUACGCUCACAAUCAACCGAUUUUCCAAUUCCAUUCUUUCACGAAUAGAAAAAAGAUUUCUCCUUUAUUUACAUUUUCUUGUGACCUGUAACGUUGCACGUAUUCGCGUACACACGCACGCACUGUCGAUCAUUCCAAGUUCUCCAAGCAUUAUCCAAUUCCUCCGGUCGAAAUAUUUCCUUUCGGAAAUCUUGAGAAAGCAGAGGAAGGUGGCGCGUUGUUUGAUCUAGCAAAAGAGCGGUUCAAAUCGACAAAACGAGCGGGACCAAGUUAUACUCGGAUCUCAACUACGCGGAUUUAAAUUUUCGAUUCAUCUAUAGUCCUUGCCAUCCGCUAUGGGUUCCAAGAACGAAUGGGACUACUCAACUCGAAACGGACCCAGUACAUGGGUGGAGAAAUUCCCAAUGGCAGCGGGCUCGAGACAGAGCCCGGUGAAUAUCGAAACCGAUCGGGUAGAAUCCGACCACGAGGCUUUAAGUAGCAAACCUCUUCGUUGGAAAUAUCCUGCCACUGCUUCCCGAAAGUUGGUCAAUCCAGGAUAUUGUUGGAGAGUCGAUACCGAUGGUGAUGGCACUUUUUUAAGCGGCGGACCUCUAAUGGAUGACAUUUACAAGCUUGAACAAUAUCAUUGUCAUUGGGGAUGCAGCGACUCCAGAGGUUCCGAACAUACCGUUGAUGGUCAGGCUUUUGCUGGCGAGCUUCAUUUGGUUCAUUGGAACACAAGCAAGUACAAGACAUUUGCGGAAGCUGCGAAAGCAUCGGACGGUCUUGCGGUGUUGGGUGUGUUUCUCAAGGUUGGCAAAACCCACGAGGAGAUGGAUAAGAUAGCACGUUUAUUACCAUACGUUUCGCAUAAGGACGAAAUUGUUGAAAUAUCAGAACUUAUUGAUCCCAGCAAGUUACUUCCCGUGCGCGGCGGUGGACGAGCCAACACGCAGAGAUGCGCUAAUCCGUGUAUGCGUUGGGCCGACCGAAUCAUACGUCACGAGAACAAAUUGGAUUUUCAAGACGACAACGGUUAUUGGACGUAUUUGGGAUCAUUGACAACUCCACCGUUUAACGAAAGCGUCACUUGGAUUCUUUUCAAAAAGUACAUCGAAGUGUCUCAUCACCAGCUCAACAUCUUUCGUAAUUUAAGAAAAUUUCCUCGUGGAGAGGAAUGUCCUUGUCAUGAGAAUCACGGAGUUGUGAUCAACAAUUUCCGUCCGCCACUGCCGUUAGGAAAUCGCGUGUUAAGAGAAUGCGGCAGCCUUUAAGUUUCUUCGGUCCUCACUUCUAACGGAAAUCAUUCUUGUCGAUCGUUAGAAGGAUAACACAAGGGUGACGCAAGGAUGACGCAAGGAUCAUUGCAAGGAUUCCAAAUACCAACGAUCAUAAUCGAUGUUAAAAUUUGAAAUCGAUAAUACGGAACUUUCAUUCGUAAAUCUAUUUACGUAAAAACGUGCCUUGUGUUUCGUCGAAAAUGAGUCAUCUUUGAUCUCUGCAGGAAGAAAAAUGUACCUCCAAAAAUGAACAAAUAUUCUUGAUAAGAGGAAAAAAAAAGAUAUAGAGAUGAAAUAAGAUGAGAGAAAAAUAUACGAGUCUAUUGAGUCAAAGUUUCUCAAUGUGUGUGUGUGUGUGUGAAUUCAUUUUAUAAUUGUUAAAUAUUGAAUACUUUAAUAACUUGAUAUUUUUAUUUCGAUAUGUUAGACAUGUUAGAUAUUUAAUAGGUAGAGAGUAAAUUGGAGAUUGUUUUAAUCGCACUAUUUGGAAAUUUACUUUGCAUAGUAUAGUAUGCCAAUGGUACGGUGCUUCUUUUCUAUAGUCAUUGUUAAAAAAAGUAAUAUUAUAUUUAGAUUAAAUCAAUGAAAAACUUGUGAUAAAUUAUUCUGUUUUAAGUGCAAUUAAUAUUAUUUUAUUAAAUAUCAUUGCGCUUGCAUAUUCUAUCAAUGGUGAAUAUAUGACAAUCUUUAUAUUUGCGAGAUAGAAAGGAUAUAGUUUAUGUAACUCUAUUUGAAGUCUUCGAUCGUAAGAUUGGCCUCGUCAUUUUUCUUUACUAUUGCCAAUAAUGUUUAUGACGUUUCAUUCGAUGUAAUUGUUUUUAAGUUUGAUCAAAUUUAUUCUACACUUUUUUCUCGCUUUAUUGUAAAUGUUAUUCCAUUAAUUGCUACUCAAUAGUUUUAUUUGUACAAAUAAAAUUCAUUAUGUAAUGGAAAUUAUAAUGAAAAUAGAAAGGACAUCUUCUUUAUUAAAAAGAAAAAAAAGAAAAAAAAAAGAAAGAAAAAGGAAAACAACACUCCUUUUUAUUGUAACAAAUUGUUUAGUUAAUUCUUAUUGAAUAUUAAUGACGACUGGUACGACAUUUUAUAGAAAUAAUUCUAGUCUAUUUACAUAAUAUGCAUAUAACGAAUACGAUGGAAUACUCGAUCGAUGUUAAUGAAUAUGGAAAUUAAAAAAUAACUUCGCACUAUUAAACUAAUGGAAAUUUAAUAGUUUAAUGAAAAAGAGAAAUGUUGAUAUUUUUCUUCCGCUACAGUAAAUAAUUGUUAAGCAUAUGAAAAAUGUGCCAUCUUUUAUUAGAAAGUUUACAUACUGUCUUAUCAUUUAUGCUGCUUGCUUUAGGUUUGUUUACUACCUUUUGCUCGAAGCGUAUGUGACUUUUGCGACAAUUAUGGACUAACAUAAGUAUGAACUA